GUAAAAUUAAGUACGUAGCUAUAGCUAAGUCGUAUAUAUGUACAUCCUUUCUUUGACUUAGAAACAUUAGCCCUCCUCUCCUUCUUUGCCAUUUCCUUAUUUAUCUACACAGUCAACAAAAACAUAUCUCAUUUCUUAGAUCCUAUCUCUUUAUAUAAACGGUCAACAAAACAAAUCAUUCCUUAGAUCCUACACAACAGCUUUAUAUAUAUCUCUCUCGUACGUAAAAAAAGAAAAGUUUGCAGGUUCGAUUUUUUAUUUUUAAGAUGGAAAAAUCGGGAGUUAAAUCGAAGAACAGGUUGCUAAAGCUAGCAUCAUCGGCAGUUUCGUUUCAAAAUCCACCGUUUAGUCCGAAUAGAGAAAAGACUCAAGCAAGAAAAGGGUUUUCGGGGCCGAUGUUUCCGGCUGAGGCUAGGUAUAAAUCGAAGAAUUCGAGCUACGUAUCGCACGAGCCUACCUCACCGAAAGUCUCGUGCAUGGGGCAGAUCAAGCACAAGAAGAAGAUACGUGAGCCUAAUAAGAAGAAGGCUGAGUCGUUGCCUCCGCGGGACAAUCAUAAUAUUUCACACUCGACUCCUCUCGAACAAGUUAACCCUAGUAAAAAUCAGAAGCCGAAGUUAUUCAAGAGUUUUCAAUCUUUUACUGAGGUGAAAAAGAAGCAUUCUGCACCGGUGCAGGCUUUUAGCCGCGAGGAGACGGAUCCUGAUACGGACAAGAGGAAGAAGAAGUCGGGGAUUCGAAGUAUUUUUGGGAAGCCGAAUAAACGAAGUGAUUAUGACGCGCCUCUGACGGUUCCUUCAGACAAAACGGCACCUGUUUUAGGUCAACUGCAACGGUUUUCUAGUGGGCGAAAUUCGUUGUCGAAUUUCGAUUGGACGAAAUCGCAGAUAUCUCCGGCAGAAACGCGGGAUGAUGAGAGCGACGGAGAGUGGGAUGAAGCUGAUGCGAAGAUAUCGUUUUCGGCGCCAUUAAGUAUGAGCAGCUGCAGUGUUGCGAAUGCAGAGCCAAGAAAAGAGAUUAAUCUGUGGAAGAGAAGAACUAUGCCUCAACCUAAGCCUCUUCAGCUUGAUACUUGAGUUCAUGUGUUUUUUGACUUUGAAAAGAUAUACUUAUUCUUUGAUAUUGUUUUUCAUAAUUCUAUUUUUUUUUUUAAUUUUUGUAUUCUUUGAUUAAUCAGGAUUGUACAUAAUUCAUAAUCAUACUUGAAAGGAAUUUAUACAUUUUUUUUGUA